UCUGCUGGCCAGCCAGCCAUCUCCUCUCCUCCUCUCCUCCUCUCCUCUCCUCCUCUUCUCCUGUGGCACUUAACUCCCCUUUUCCAGCUGUUCCUCUUACCAUGACCACGACGCUCCUCCAUCUCUGAGUCCUGGAACCCUCAGACUCCUACCUGGGCCAUGGCCAACUCGGGCCUCCAGCUCCUGGGCUACUUCCUAGCCUUGGGCGGCUGGGUGGGCAUCAUCGCCAGCACUGCCCUGCCACAGUGGAAGCAGUCCUCCUAUGCAGGCGAUGCCAUCAUCACUGCCGUGGGCCUCUACGAAGGGCUGUGGAUGUCUUGCGCCUCUCAGAGCACCGGGCAGGUGCAGUGCAAACUCUACGAUUCACUCCUGGCCCUGGACGGUCAUAUCCAGUCAGCACGAGCCCUGAUGGUUGUGGCUGUGCUCCUGGGCUUUGUGGGCAUGGUGCUCAGUGUCGUGGGCAUGAAGUGCACUCGGGUUGGAGACAGCAACCCCAUUGCCAAGGGACGUGUGGCCAUCUCCGGAGGUGCUCUCUUCCUCUUGGCGGGUCUCUGUACUUUGACUGCUGUCUCCUGGUACGCAACCCUGGUGACCCAGGAAUUCUUCAACCCCAGCACUCCUGUCAAUGCCAGGUAUGAAUUUGGCCCAGCUCUGUUCGUCGGCUGGGCCUCGGCUGGCCUGGCCAUGCUGGGUGGUUCCUUUCUCUGCUGCACAUGCCCAGAGCCGGAGAGAACCAACAGCAUCCCACAGCCCUAUCGCUCUGGACCCUCAACCGCUGCCCGAGAACCUGUUGUUAAGUUGCCCGCCUCGGUCAAGGGCCCCCUGGGUGUGUAAAGGCCAGGUUUCCAGCCAGGCCCUUCCUUUACCACCUCUAGACUGUGUGUUUGAUAUUUUUGGAAAGAGAAGUGAAAAUUCGGCCCCAA